UCUGGAGGCACCUCCAGAGGCCUGGACAAAACUUAUUCCCCUGAACUUCUGGUACUUUAGAUGAGGUUUAAUCCUGCCCCCCAAAGACCUCAGAAAUCAGGACACAGUGGUGGCCACACAGAUUUCUUGAUUCUAAAGUUUAGAGCCAUGGAAGAGGGGGGUGUGAUCCUCAAUUCCAGGCCUGUUCUUAGCUCAACACCCCCAGGAAGGAAUUAGAGGAACAGUGCCCGGGCAGGGCUGGCUGCUGCACUUGAGCAGCUUACAGGAGGGGCCGAGACAAGGGCUCCUUUGUUCAAGCUUUGGCUUAGAAAGUCAGGUGGCAACUCGGCACAUAUGUAGGUGGGCAGUGCCAACCUCCCAGUAUGGCCAGGGGUACCUGCCUCAGGGUCUCAGGGAGUUCCAUCAGCCCAGUGGCCAGGACUUAUGGGGUUGCCUGAACUGCCGGAACCCUGCCUGACCCAAGCCCACCUACUGCUGCCCAGUGCCAAGCCAUGACUAUCACCUACACAAACAAAGUAGCCGAUGCCCGUCUCGGUUCCUUCUCUUGCCUGCUCCUGUGCUGGCGCGGCAGCAUCUACAAGCUGCUGUACGGGGAAUUCCUCAUCUUCAUGUUUCUCUACUAUGCCAUUCGUGGAGUCUACAGAAUGGCUCUCACGAACGACCAGCAGCUGUUGUUUGAGAAGCUGGCUCUGUACUGCGACAACUACAUUCAGCUCAUCCCUAUAUCCUUUGUUCUGGGUUUCUAUGUGACGUUGGUGGUGACCCGCUGGUGGAACCAGUACGAGAGCUUGCCUUGGCCCGACCGCCUCAUGAGCCAGGUGUCAGCCUUCGUGGAGGGCAAGGACGAGCAAGGUCGGCUGCUGCGGCGCACACUCAUCCGGUACGUCAUCCUGGGCCAAGUGCUCAUCCUGCGCAGCAUCAGCACCGCCGUCUACAAGCGCUUCCCCAGUCUUCAACACCUGGUGCAAGCCGGCUUUAUGACCCCUGGGGAAUAUAAGGAGUUGCAGAAGUUGGGCCUACCACACAACACAUACUGGGUGCCCUGGGUGUGGUUUGCCAACCUGGCAAUGAAAGCCUAUGUUGGAGGUCGAAUCCGGGACUCUGUCCUGCUCCAGAGCCUGAUAAAUGAGAUGUGCACCUUGCGUACUCAGUGUGGCCAUCUGUAUGCCUAUGAUUGGAUCAGCAUCCCGCUGGUGUACACACAGGUGGUGACAGUGGCAGUAUACAGCUUUUUCCUCGCAUGCUUGGUGGGGCGGCAGUUUUUGAACCCAGUCAAGAACUACCCAGGCCAUGAGAUGGACCUCGUUGUACCUAUCUUCACAAUCUUACAAUUCUUAUUUUACAUGGGCUGGCUGAAGGUGGCAGAGCAGCUCAUCAACCCUUUCGGAGAGGAUGAUGAUGAUUUUGAGACCAACUUUAUCAUUGACAGAAACCUUCAGGUAUCCCUGCUGUCUGUGGAUGAGAUGCACCAAGAUUUGCCUCCCAUGGAGCGUGACAUGUACUGGAAUGAGUUAGAGCCUCAACCUCCCUACACAGCUGCUUCUGCCCAGUCUCGUCGGCCAUCCUUCUUGGGCUCUACCUUCAACAUCAGCCUGCAGAAAGAAGACAUGGAAUUUCAGCCAAACGAGGAGGAUGACGACAACGAGAACAAUCAUGGCAGUGUCAUUGGCCGCUUCUUAGGGCUGCAGUCCAGUGACCACCAACCUCCCAGGACAGACUCAAAGACCAAACUAUUGUGGUCCAAGAAGGACUCCUACCUCGAGAGCCAGCCUAAUUCCAGGAAGAACUCUAGUGACCAGGAAGAUAAUGCCUGGAGACUUAAGACUCUGGACUCCUUCAGGGCUGCUCCACUGUUUGAGAGGCCAGGCUAUCACAGUGCCCCACAGACACCCCUCAGCCACACUCCCAUGGUCUUCCCUCCUGAGCAGUCAGCACCCUCCAAGCCUUACUUAGUCACAGGUACGGACACGAAAGACAAAAGCCUAACACCCAUGACUUCUGAGACCAAGAACACUUUGCAAUUUCUCAAGACCAAUGUUGAAUUGCUCCUAGGUGAUGAGGCUUCCCUGGAGCACCAAGAAGUCAAUCACAUGAAGAAGAAAACUGUGGAGUUUAACUUGAACAUUCCAAAGAGUCCCAUAGGAUAUUCUAGAGAACCCCAUUUGGACCAGUGGCCAAACAACAUACACACCAUACUGAAGGACCAUGUAGAGCCCCAUCCCACCUUGGAAAACAGGGAUGAAACUGGCACCUAACGUGUUUAAGGGUGAUGCUUCUUGGCCUGGUCCUCAUCUUGCAUGGAUGCCAGCAGGACACUGAUCCAGUCAGAGGCACACAGCUGUCGACACCCAAAGAAUAUGUUCCUGAGACAGUCUGGCAAAGGAAUUCAGGACCAGGGGCACAGUCCUGUCCACACACACCUGUGUCUUACUAUCUUCCCCACACUAAG